CGCCGGCCGUGAGGAGCUGUAAUCUGCUGGAGACAGUCAGGUUCAUCCACGGAUACCUCGACUGAGCCAGCUCUGCACCGCUCCUCAGGAGUCUACGGCAACAUCAGAGCCAAGAUGGGGCGGAAGGAGAUCAUCUGCAGCUGGAAGAAAAGCAUCAGUAACAUCAGGGAUGUCUUUGACUUCAAGGGGAAAAUGGGAUCAGAAAGAGAUAUUAGCUUUGUCAGGAUCUUCCCAGAAAUGUAUUGAUACCAGGUUGGCUUCAUAUCAGCACAGGGGGUCAUUUUCAGAGGUUUUUAUGGUGAGAGAAAAGACAACGGGGAACCUGUAUGCCCUGAAAUGUCUGAAGAAAAAGCACCUUGCUCAUAGCAACCUGGAAAAUGAAAUCAAUGUACUAAGAAGAAUAACACAUGAAAAUGUGGUGGGAUUGGAGGAUUUCUAUGAGACUCGAACACACUAUUACCUGGUCAUGCAACUGGUGUCAGGCGGGGAGCUUUUUGAUCGAAUUUUAGACAAGGGAGUUUACACCGAGAAGGAUGCAAGCACAGUGAUCACGCAGGUGCUGCAGGCUGUCAGCUACCUGCAUGAAAACAGCAUUGUACACAGGGACCUCAAGCCUGAAAACCUGCUGUACUAUAACACAGACAAGAAUGCUAAGAUCAUGGUCAGUGACUUUGGUCUGUCUAAGACGUUGGAGCAUGGUGUCAUGUCCACAGCUUGUGGGACACCAGGAUAUGUUGCUCCUGAGGUUCUGGCACUGAAACCCUACAGCAAAGCAGUGGACUGCUGGUCCAUUGGAGUCAUCACAUACAUUCUGCUCUGCGGCUACCCUCCAUUCUUUGAAGAGAACCAAACUCGUCUGUUUUCAAAGAUCAGAAGAGCUGAGUAUGCUUUUCAUUCACCAUUCUGGGACGACAUCUCUGAGUCAGCUAAAGACUUUAUCAGGAAUAUGAUGGAGAAAAACCCCACCAAGCGCUUCACCACUGAACAGGCAAUCAGACACCCCUGGAUUUCAGAAGAUACAGCUAAAGACCUGGACAUCUAUCAGUCUGUCUGUGAACAGAUGGAGAGAAACUUUGCCAAAUCCAAGUGGAAGCAAGCCUUCAAUGCAACCUCAGUAAUCCAUCACAUGAAGAAACUGCAGCUGUCCCACAGUGAGUCCUCCCCUUCAUCCCUCUCCAUGCCAAAUAUCAUAGUGCAGUCCUCCUCCCAGGAUGAUCUAAAGGUGCUAGGACCCUGCCCCGAUGAGGCAGCUGUCCUCGACCCCAACGGGAAUCCUGUUGCCACUCAUCUAUCCUGCAGUAAUCCUGAGUCAGGCAGUGGUCUGUGUCCACUAUUGAGACCCAGUCACAGUGAGCCCCGUCACGCCCUCACCGUCAAGGAGUCAAGAGAAGUCCAUACCUUUAAGUCAGCGAGCGACACCUCUCUCAGGCCGUCCAGGAGCAUGGAUGCUGUGGCUCAGAGGAAGGACCAUGCACUCCAGUCUGGAGUCUGCUCUCUCAUGUGAUUGGCUGGUUAACCAGAAAUGAAUCUCAGUGGAUCCUUCUUGAUGUGAAGGUGUCGACACAUCUGGUGUUCAGUGUUUUCAUGUCUGUUGUGGUUCCCGGCUGCAGAAACAGACACAUGCUGUGUCUUUAUCACAGAAAACACUUCCACAUGGAAUGACUGUGUGCAGUGAACAUCACAUAAAAACAGACAUAAGCUGGAAUUCAUCACUUAGCUUUUAGACAAACUCCUGUAACAGAGAUGACAUUUAUUUUCUUAAAAUAAUUAUCAAUUGUAUCAUACUGCCAACAUAUUACUGACUUCCAUCAAAAUAUAUUUAUUUUGAGUAGCUUAUGCAAUGUGAAAGCACACUUAUCAUUUUCUGACUUUUAUUUGAUGUUUUACAAAGCAGAUUUUUUCAGAGCAUUUUCAGUCAUCACUAAAUUGGUAUUUACUGCUUUACACUAUAACACAAUCUUUAAAUCUACCUUUAACUGUAGUGUUUGGACAGUUGGGACCUUGCUGGCAGUUUUUAAUGCCACAGUCGUGGUUGGAUACAGUAUGUUUUCAGGUUGUCUUUUUGACCAUAUUAUCAAAAAUUGCAUCUCAAUUCAAGAUCAAACAUUGUUACUGUGGUGAUAAUAAGAGAAGUUUGCAGUUUAAAAUAAAUUUAAGGAAAUUGGUGAUUUUUUCGACAACUGGAUGUGUUACUGAGCUGAGAACUUACCCAGCUCAGCAACACAUCCACCAAAUCAGAUAGCCAUGGGAUGAGUGGUUGAAAAGAACAUUUACAUUCUGACAGAUUCCUCCUUUUAUAGUUGGAUGCCAUUGAAGGAUCAUAAAUCCAAUUUCCACUCAACUUUUUAGGUUAAACCUUUAUUUUAAGGUGGUUGCGUUGAGACUCAGUAACCUGGAGUUCACUGCCUCUGUUAUAUGUACAUAAGCUGCUCUUGUUAAACAACUGAACUUAUCAAGUGCCACAAGCUGGUGUGAACACUAGUGAUGUCAUGAAUUCACAAAUGUAGUAACACACACCUGUUUUUUGUAUUGUUUUCUCAAUAAAUAUGCAGUAACUA